AAAACUAAACACGCAAGGCAACGGCACGCACUCAGCGCUAGAUUGGUUUAGCCGGUGGUGAUAUACGCUCUGAAAUACGAGGAAGGCGGUGACGUUGCUUUGCUGGCACUGCUUGAUUGGCCUGAUCGGCUCCUACCUUCGUCUAUGCUCGUACUUAUGAAGAACCAAGUCUUGUCUUGAAACAAUCUUAUUCAUUCUUGACAAGGACGAUGUAUUCUACACUGCGCACUGACAAGUACACUCCAGCCAUUCUUCUAGUCUAUAAAAGUGAAUAGAAGGAUCAUAUUUUCUCAAAGUUCCUCCAAGAAGUCUACAACCCAAGAUGAAUAUUCCAGCACUAACAGUUUUUGCAGUUGUGACAGCCCUGCUGCCGAUACUAAAUUGCGCUCAAGCAGAAAACGCUACGGAAGCAGAAAACGCCGCGGAAGCGGAAAACGCUAUGGAGGAAGAAGACCGAUCUUGUGAGAAAAGAGACAAGGACGCCGAACAAGUGGGAAGUAAAACCGUUGAGAGCUGCAAUUACUACUGCGAACCUGUAAAGGGAAGCGGCAGUUUUGAAAAAAAGUACUAUAAAGAUGGUACGUCGUGCAAGUACAACAGUCAACUGACAAGCAAGUGCAUAGAAAACACAUGCGAGCACCCAGACAAUCCCAUAUAUAAGAAGGAUAAGGAAACAAACAACAAAGAAAACAAAGAAGAGGAAAAGCAAAAUGAAAACGAAAGAAAGGAAGAAGUGCCAAAGGAAGACGAGCAAAAUGAGGAGAAGGUGGAGGAACCUAAAGAGGAGAAGGAUGAGGAAGAAAACGAAGAUAAAGAAGAAGUGGAAGAAGAGGAAACAAGUACGGGCACACAGGAGACUUAAGAAUUCAGAAAGCAGUCAAAAGCGCCUGCGAAUGGUUGGGUGGACUGUCAUUUUGUCUGAGGUCGUAUGUUUAAAUAAAAACCCA